UAUAGUCUUUAAUAAUUGUCCCCAAAAUGUUCCUAAAUGAUCUACGUGCCCCCACCAAAAUUAUUCUUGCAGGGAAGCAACCAUUUACCCCAACCCCGGCCCCGUGCUGCCGACAGCUUAGCCACGAGCCACCUGUAAAGAUGAGCCAGCUCAAGGACCACCUGAACCUGGCUCGGAUAUAUCUCCAGGAGCGCUACCUCCUGUGGAGGCUGCGCUACCUCCUCGGGCCGAACUUCAGCGCAGAGGAAUUCCUGGAGGGAACGUGUCAGGCAACCCUCGCGAUGCUGGAGGCAGUGUGUCGCAUAGACUGGAAGCGCAUUCGAAGCUUCUGCACGGAGGAAUUCUCCCUGACCAUGUACGGAAUCGCCCAGAGGGAAAGUGUGUACGCCAACCUGAUGGGACCAGAGGGCUUAGAGCUAUCGAAACCCGUACAUUUGAAGACGAAAGAAUGCGACGAUGGCAGAAGCUUCUUGCACGUGCACCUGGAGAUUGUGUUGCUGCGCUGUUUGGCGCCUAAGCCGGAUGAGCUGGUGGAGACUGGGCUCCAAGUGCCUGACCACCAAAAGAUUCCCGUAGCCUCUUAUAAGAUCGCAUUGCGCAGGGAGCUGUCCGGUCCAGACGGCACUGAUCCUGAAGACGAGGAUUGGUUCUUUAGUUCCUUCCAGAUGCAAUACAUGUCUUUGCUGGGCUUCUGCCCCAAAAGUGGCACAUGUUGGUUCAUUCGGGCCUUAAAACCGUAUUAGACAUUCGACUUGAGUGCGCUGGUACCCCGGUUACCGGUUUUUCGAUCGACUGCAGUCACGUCCCAGUUCAACGAUCGCCCUCUGUCAGCAGCUUCAAAUAAUCAUAACGUUGACGCCGCUCAAAAUUCUACCUGCGAUCACGUAUAUACAUACAUAUGUACUCUCCACUGUUCGCAGUCGAAAUAAACUGAAAAUGCUCUGUUCUUCA